AUGCGACUGCAGCAGUACAAGAACUACAAGAACCUCGACGUGUCAUUGGAUGUUGUUGAUAAGGCGCGCGCGGUGUUUAUGUGCACGCACAUGCGUCAUCACGAGAGCAAGUGUCAGGCGUCCUCGAUUCUCCCUUUCUUUCAUCUCCUCCUCGUUUUGCACCUCUUCUCUUCCUCCGGAUUCCCUCCUCCUUCUCCCUCCCCAGCCCCGUUCCCUUCUCACCCCUUCUUCUGCCUGCCUUAUCCUGCAUCUUGCCUCACCCUCCACCCUCCACGAUAUGGCCAAGUCACACUUGGCCUCCUCAAUUUUCCCCUCUUCUUUCUCCGUACCCUCUUCUUCCUCCUCACCCCUUCCCCUCUCCCUCUCCUCUGGCUCCUUCUUUCCUGCCUUACCCCUCGUCUUGCCUGUCAAUUCUCCCAGGAAGUGCAGCAGGUGACGACGGGAAGCAAUUUCUACGAGUUCACGCACAACACGCGCGCAGUCAAGUCCACCAUCGUGCACUUCCAGCUGCGCAACCUCGUGUGGGCCACGUCAGCGCAUGACGCGUACUCGCUGCACCACCACGUCAUCAACCACUUCUCGCCGCUCACGUGCAAGUCCACCCCGGUCCUGGACCUCGGAAAUUCUCUCGUCGCCAGGCGCCACGCCCUCCCGCACGCCCACACGUCCACAGCAGGCGCGCGGGGCGCAGGGGGCGCGGGGGGCGCGGGGGGUGCAGUAGGCAGGGGGGAUCAGUGCAGCGGAGUGCAGCUGGAGCCCUUUGCGAGGGCGAUUUACACGGGGGCCAUGCCCUCCGCUGGAGGCUCCGCUGCUGCUGGGAGAAGCAACACCAGUGGUAGCGGUACAGAGGAGGGCAGAGCGGUGCAGGGGAGAGAGGCAGGGGGACUGGCGCUUUCUCAACAGCAGCAGCGGCUCGGCACAGGCUCGGAAGCAGACGCAGGCUCGGGGUCGGAAGCUGGAGUGGCGUUCACAGGGCGGGUAUCCCGGGAUCAGAGUGUCAUCACGAACGCCAUUGAGAUCUUCAGAUCUAACAGUGGAGCACUGAGUGUGCUCACGUCCAACAACGACUGUGUGGUGAGGGACUUCGACGUCGCCACCUUCUCCAUCCUCUCCCGCCACACCUUCCCCUGGCCCGUCAAUGUUGUAGCGCGCAUGCAGGGCCACGUGAACUACUCCUUCGCUACAGCCUGGCACCCGGGCGGCAACCUCUUUGCCACGGGCAACCAGGACACCACGUGCCGAGUGUGGGACCGGCGGCGGCUUGACAAUUCCCUGUUCACUCUCAAGGGGCGACUUGGGGCCAUUCGGUCUCUCAGAUUCACUAGUGAUGGCAGGUUCAUGGCCAGCAAACUUCGUGCAUGCCAACCUGCUCCCCCCCUCCUAUCCACUCCCCUUCCGCCUAGGUUCAUGGCCAUGGCUGAGCCAGCCGACUUCGUGCAUGUCUUUGACACGAGCAGCGGGUUUACUCGAGCACAGGAGAUUGACAUCGUCGGCGAGAUUGCGGGGAUAUCGUUCUCCCCCGAUACUGAGGCGCUCUUUAUUGGCGUGGCGGACCGCACGUACAGUAGUCUCCUGGAGUACAGCCGCUCACACUCGUACGCCUAUCUUGAUGCUUGCAUUUAA